GGGCCUCAGGCAACUAUGGAGAAAGAACUCUGGUGCACCAUUCUAUUUAAUGCAUACAAAAAGGAGCUAUUUACCACCAACAAUGGCUAUAAAUCCAUGCAGAAGAAACUUCAGAGUAACUGGAAAAUUCAGAGCUUAAAAGAUGAAAUCACAUCUGAGAAAUUAAUUGGGGCAAAACUGUGGAUUACAGCUGAGCCAAGGGAAAGAUUUACUGCAACUGAGUUUGAAGUCCUGAAGAAAUACCUUGACAGUGGUGGCGAUAUCCUUGUGAUGCUAGAAGAAGGUGGAGAAUCCAGAUUUGAUACCAAUAUCAACUUUUUGCCAGAAGAAUAUGGAAUUGUGGUUAAUAAUGAUGCUGUUGUUAGAAAUGUAUAUCAUCAAUAUUUCCAUCCUAAAGAAGCUUUAGUUUCCAAUGGAGUUUUGAACAGGGAAAUUAGUCGAGCUGUAGGAAAAGCUGUGCCUGGAAUCAUUGAUGAAGAAAGCAGUGGCAACAAUGCCCAGGCUCUCACCUUUGUCUAUCCUUUUGGUGCCACAUUGAGUGUCGUGAAACCAGCAGUGGCUGUUCUGUCUACAGGCCCUGUCUGUUUUCCACUUAACAGACCCAUCCUGGCUUUCUAUUAUUCAAAGAGUCAAGGUGGGAAGGUGGCAGUGUUUGGCUGUGACCAAUAUUUGGAUAAAGAAGAAAACAGAAAAAUCACAGAUGUUGUUUUCCAGUGGCUCACCACAGAAGACAUCCAACUAAAUCAGACUGAUGCUGAGGACGCUGAGAUUUCUGACUACAUGAUGCUGCCCGACACAGCCACCCUUUCAGAGCGACUUGGAGUGUGUCUACAGGAGGGCGAUGAGAACCCUUGGGACUUUACCACCCUCUUUGACCUGUCCAUUUACCAACUGGAUGCCACCUCCCUCCCUAAGGUCAUCAAGGCACAUGAGCACCUAAACGUGAAACAUGAACCACUCCAGCUUUUCCAUCCUCAGUUUGAGACGCCACUGCCAGCCCUUUGGCCUUUGGUUUUUCCUCCUCAUUUCAGGGAAUUACCACCUCCUCUUCUGGAGCUGUUUGACUCAGAUGAGACAUUCUCCUCUGAGAAGACACACCUUGCUCAGAUUACCAAUAAGUGUACUGAAGAAGAUCUGGAAUUUUAUGUCAGGAAGUGUGGUGACAUUCUUGGAGUAACCAAUAAACUACCAAAGGACCAACAAGAUGCCAAACAUAUCCUUGGGCACAUCUUCUUCCAAGAGAUGGAGUUCAAGAAACUGAACCAGGAGCAUGACAUUGAUAUAAGCGAAACAGCGUUCCCAAACAAUUUCUGA